AUGACACGAAAGCUUGUAGUUGCACGCAUGCCCAUGGCCAGUACAGAGGCCAAGGAGACUUUCAUCAAAUUUCUAAGCGAUGCAUCCGACUAUGCCCUCGAGAACGAGCCAGGAAUCAAGAAAUAUGCCAUCUGCUUGCCCCGGGACGAACCAGACAGUAAUGUGGUCUACGCAGUUGAGGAGUACCAAGACGAAGCCACUUUCGACUCGCACAUGGCCACCGACGGCGUGAAGAGAAUGAUGAGUUGGAUCUCUAGCGGGUCACGAUUCGAUGGUACCCCGGAAAUCAACCAGCUCGCCAUGAUUGACGGCUUCCACUUCUCCAGGCCGCAGGUCAAUUCUGCUAAAGACCCCCACGUCCUCUUUGCCGACCUGAGCUACCACCCAGCCGGCGUCGUGAAGGCCCUGCCUUACUGGCAGGCUGUUGUGGACACGGGACGGAAUGACGAGCCUGGCACUUGGGUUUACGCUGUGAACAAGGACCCGACCAACGAGAACCGUAUCUGCGUGCUUGAGACAUAUGAGACACCAGAGUACUUGACCGAAGUGCACGUGCCAAGUCAUGCGAUACAGGAAAGCAUCAAGAACACAAAGGACCUUCGGACCGGGUUGAAGCACACGAAGCUCAAGCUCGUCAAGGGCUUCCUGCAUAGAGAUUAGAUGUUGGAUCUGGACUUUGAACCUGAAUGAGACACACGGAUUAUGCGC